AUGAUUGAAAUACCAGACUUGGAUUCUAUAUAUAUCCCAAAACUACCACACGAUGGUACCAUCGAUCAAGAUGCAGACGAAACAGGACAGAACGAUCUGCCGAACCGUAUUUAUGCACCAUCGCCCAACUCCUUCCACGAAUCAGCAAAUAACCACCGAUCCAUCGAUCAAGAGCCAGAGAUGCAAGAUGUUAGUAGUAGCAUUGAUGGAUUUGAAAUUGACAGUUUGAAUUUCAAAAACCAUUCAGGAUUAUCACUUACUAGUGAUCAAAACCUCAACACCCAACAGAUUGACUAUCAACAAAGUGAAACACCAACAUUGGCAACUGGCUUGUCUUUUUUACCAAACAAUCUUCAUGAACAUAAAACUACAUUUAAACUACAAGAACCACCAGUCAAUGACCAUUAUCAAACAGAUACAUUAAACCUCCAUCAAUUUGAAGCUAGUGACCAAGUUGGACCAAUUGAAACACCUAAAUUUGCCCUUAAGUCGAAAAAUACGCAACUAUCGUUGAAUCAACUGCUAGCAUCUCCAAUGUCACUAAUGCCACAACAUGAUCAUACCGAACCCUCACCACAGCUACCGGCACCACUAUCUUCAGCAUCAUUACAGAACGUACUCACAAUGAAUGAAGAUGGUAUAUCGAGGAAAAACCUAGCCACUGAUUUCAAAACUCCUGCUGAAUACACCCUACAUAUUAUAUUCACCCAAUUUGUCCGGUUUGCAGAGAGGAAACUAAAUGUAUUUCUUGACUAUUCAAUGGCUGAUGAAACUUCACUAUUCAACAUAUUUGCAGAAGGUGCCGACCCACAGUUUGAUAAAAUCGUCGAGUCCUUGGGUUACAUUGCUAGAAGAAAACCUAAACCGGUGAUUGACAGUGUUAUGUUUUGGAGAAAAUCCAAAAGUGAGGUGGCAUCCAAUGCAGCACAGGAAGUGGAAAAGUUACUAAUUCAUGCCAAAAAGACUUUGCCCGAGGAUAAUUUCGCGCCACCUCCCAAACCUAAACGAUCAAUCAGUUUAAUGAGAAGCAAAUCGAAAACGCAUCGUCGCAAUCAGUCAUCUGUUUCAACCUUAUCUUCAGACCCAGAGUUGUUGAAAAAGAAGCAAGUGGUGGACUCACAAGUUGAUAUAAUUAAACAAACGGCAAUAAAUGCUGAGAAAAAGUCCUUGGUGUCCAUUUAUAUCUUGUGCCGGGUACUAAUGGAAGUUGUCAAGCAGACGCCAACUGAGGUGAUGGGUGAGGAUCUUGGUGAUAAGCUAGAAGAGAUUGUUUAUACCCAGCUAAAGACGACCGAUCCAGCAAGCACUAGCCAAUCGAUAAUACGGGCUGCCAAUUGGACAUUGUUUGCUCAGUUACUUGGGAUAAUGUCAGAAAAGAGAUUCCUCAGUGUUAGUGAUCGAUUUGUUUUCGAUUUGGAAAAGCUUCCCCAGAGAAUCAAUCAUGAGGACGAGCCAAGAUUAUAUCUCCUCAUCUCAGGUAUGAAGUAUCUCAAAUUGAACCAUUAUCCACCAGAGCUAUUUGAAGAUAGCAAAGAGUUUAUUCAAAUACUUGCCAAGUUUUUAGACAGAACUACAAACGAGGCCGUUCUUUAUGCCUAUUGUGACUCAAUAUCAAACUUGGUGCUACCUUUGGCCAACAGCUUGACUGCCGAGGCAAAUGAUCCAGGGUGGAACGAAGGCAUUGAAAAGAUUUACAACAAGGCGAUAGACAUGUGGAGAAGACUCCCCGAAUCGAGCACAACAACUAGCGUGUCCAACAUUUUAAACACCCAGACAUCUCAUUUCGGCAGUGGCUGGUCACACUUGAUGAAUGUGAUUACGGCAACAUUGUCUGUUUCACGUAAAGAGCUAUUUUCGUCGAAAUGGUAUGCCAUUAUUGAACAAAAUGCGUUUAAAUUGAAACCAAAAGUUGAUGUGCAUGAAAAGACAGCAUUCAUCGUGUACACUAGUCGAUUAUUGUGGGUCUAUUUCAAUCGCGUACCUGAUUCGCUUAAUUCAACAAUUAAAAAAUUGGAUGAGUUUUUCAAAUUGAUUUUGUUCAACCCUGUAUCCUCCAUUAAAAGACAUUGGCUAACUACCCACCAUGAGCUAAUUGAUGCGUUGGCGCAGAUGAUUCAAAUCGUUGGGUACAACCAUCUCAACUACACCCUUGAAAAUGUUUUGCUUCGCUUAUUACGUGAAGGCUUUGGCCAGACAUUGGAACAAAUUCAAACCGAAAAACUCAUGUUGGUGGUGAGAUCGUAUAUCAAAGUUUUGAAAGAAUUUGAACGCAAAGAUAAACCAGCAUUUCCUGGUAUAGAUCAGCAAAAGGCUAUAACAAGCUCCCAUUUCCAGUUUCUUGCCAAGAAUAGCACAAAUGUUGCAAUUCAUGAUGAAUUCGGUCGUACAUUUGGCACUACUUUGAAAAUGCUCGAUCAUCAAUAUGGCGUCACAUUGAUUGAUUCAGGGUCAGUCAAAUCUAUGUCGUCAUUUGGAUUCCGUUUUGAAGAGCCGGCCAAAUCAUUCGGUUUUUUCAAUAAUGAGUCGUUGUCAAAGUUAUCCAAGGAUUCGCAUUUGGAAUUGUUUUCCGACUUGAUUGGUUCAAUUCCGUAUACUAUGGUGCCGCCACAGGGUGAAACACAAUGUUCCAGUGGUCUUCCACUUAAGCAAGUGGUGGAAUUGUUGACGAGAAAUGCCGUUCACUCAAGUAGGAAGGUACUGGAUGCUUCAGUGCGUGCGUUGAAAUCAUUAUCGACGAGGAAAAACCCCACUACUUUGUUGAAUAUAUUUGCCAAAUUUGCAUUUCAGUUAUCGGAAAAGACAAGCUCGGUGUAUGAUUCGACCUAUUUAAACUCGCCCACGUUUAUCUACCUUUUGAAAUUGUAUACGGAAUUACUUGAUACCUGGUUUCAACUGUUUGAGGUGGAAACUGACCCAAUGGAGAACCCCUUAGCUCAGGAUGAUGAAUUGAUGAACAAGGAUGUGUUGAAUGACUUGUACCAAAUUAAUCACAAACAGGAUAUGCCGAAGCUGAAUACAGGAAAUGAAUUGGAGUGGAAGACGAUAAUUAACCUGGUGGAGAGUAUUGAAGGCAAUGGGUUGUUUUUCCUUUGCUCGCAAGAUCCUCAAGUCAGAUCUUAUGGUAUCAAGGUGUUGCGCAUUGUCGAUAAGUUUGACCAAGCGAUAUAUAAUCUAACUGAAAGGGAAGAGUCGGAGCCAAAACUGGACCCAAUGCAACACUCACGAAGCUCAUCGAAGUUUGCCGCUGAUGUUGGCACUCGGAUCAUCCACAUUUUAGAAGAGACUGACUUUCACGAUAUCAUCAAACCAUUUAAAAAGGAAUUGAGCCUACCUGAACGUCAACGAUUGGCGCGACUCAAGAACGAUAAAAAAGUAUUGACCAAGGUUGCCGAAUCGGACUAUGGAAUCGACUCCACCAUGUGGUUUAGAUUAUACCCCAAAAUCCUUGCAAUCCUUUUUGUCAAAUGCCCCAUGCCAGUAGCAAUGUGUCGUGAUAUCGUUUGCGUUAGUUUGGUGCAAAUGCAUGAAUUGGUGUUGGAAUUCUCCGACAAUGUUAAAUCAAAUACGUCAUCGUUGUUUUCGUCAAGACCAUCUUCGGCAGUACCACCUGAAGUGUUGGUCAAUCAAUGGAAAUUGUACUUGGUGUUUGCAUGUAUUACCCUCACCACAACCAACGAGCAGAAAAUCUCUUUCCCCACGCAACCAACUCAUGGAAGAAAGAGAUCAUUGCAGAUGUUUAUCCAGUAUCAGAAAAUCACUAGUGCCAAGUCAAUCUUUCGUAUGGUUUUGCCAUUGCUUAAAUCUCACCAAAUGAUGGUGAGGGAGGCGGUUAUUGUUGGAUUGAGCCAUAUCAAUGUCAACAUUUUCAAAACGUUUUUGGAAAACGUCCCUUCGGUGGUGCAGGAAUGGAAUACUGACGUCAAACAGAGGAAUUUCGCUGACGAUCGAUUCCGCAUUGAAAUCAUUCACAUAUUGAUGAAUAUUACUGAAAAGUAUAAGAGCAAUGACGAGAUAUACGGAGAUGAUUCAAUUGUUUCUGACUUGAUUGCUAUUGUUAAGAAUGCCAAAUCUUUCCUAACGUUAAGCACGGUUCAAGUUGAUAUUGAUUUCCAAAGAUUGCGUCGAUACUUUUGUGAAUUUUUGGAAAAUGUAUUCUUGGCGUUACAGGGGGAUAAGUUGGACCAGUGGCUACCUUUUGAGGCGAGAAUGUCUUGCUUCAACUAUCUUAAAGAGUGGUGUGGCUACGGUGACUCUAGUGGAAUCACCGAAGAGCGGUACAAUAUAAUUACCCAAAAGAUUAACCAGCGCAAAGAUUCACCCUCAGCAAUUGCCCUUUUGGAGUUUGAGAGGAAAAGACUUGAAAGUUCGGCAUUGAGCUGUAUGGCAAUUUUGUGCCUGGGUAAGAUCACCCAACAACUUGAAAUACCAGGAGCUGGAGUUGCUUAUGUUUCAUUUGAUAUCCCCGUGUUGUUGAAUUGGAUACAUGCAUUAUUGGAAGCAGAAGAUAAGGUGCAAGACAUUGGCAAAUCUGCAUUGGAAAAUUUACUUCAUAAUAAUUACAACCAUGGCGAUGUUGUAGUGGAGGUGAUUAAACAAUGCUGUACAGACAUGAAGUCGAUGCCAGUUUACUUUUGCACCUAUGUUGAUGCAUUUUUGUCCAAGGAUAAGCUGGACACCGUGCUGGAUGAAAUGUUUGUGUUAGUUUGCUUUUUAUGUGGCAGUGUCAAUUCCCAAGUGAGACAGUCAGCGUUUAAGCUUUUGACUGAGCUUCAAAGAAGGUUAGGUGGGGCUAAUUUGGACCAAUUUGCCGAGGCAGUUUAUGGGGAUAGCUUAGUUGGGAGAAAGAAAGUUGUUGGUCAGAUAGCAAGAGUUGUUUGUGAAUGCGACACCGAGCGUUUAUACACUCGCAUCUCCUACAUUUCGCAUUUCUAUAACCUUGUUUCUUCGAGGAAGAAUCUUGCUAUUAUGAUGACCGCAUUUUUGGAAAAGGUAAAGCUAAACAACGAUGAUCCACUGUCAGUGAUGAUAUUAAACAAUUUGCUCGAAAUAUCGAUCAAAUAUGAAAUGGAAUCACUGGAUAUUGAAGCUAUGUGGACGGCGCUUUGCAAAGACAAUUUCGACAUCAUUUACGAAUACAUCCUCAACAACUGCCUUGAGCAUCGCAGCACGUUUCUUGUUGACAAGACAAGGCAAGUGAUCAAUUACUUAGCAGCUGCUCACGCAGAUAAGUUUUACCUCUUGCGCAAAUUGAUUAGCAAUUUGCAACCAAAGAUGAUGAUCCCGCCAGCUGCAAAACCAAUAGAGAUCCCCAAUUCCUACCCAUAUGUUUCCCAUUUAUCAGAGGUGCUUGAUUAUAGCGAAAAAGAUUCUGCAUUUUCUUUAGGCCAAAUCUCUGUCAUUUUUAUAGUUGACUUGGUGGAAAACAGUCCAAUUUUGGUUGAAAAUUUGCCGUUAUUGUUGCAUAUUUCGUUUACAUUGUUGGAUCAUUACCUUGUGCUAGUCAGGGAACAGGCAGGUACACUUUUGAUUCGGUUGAUUCACACGUUGGCAGGGAAUGAGCCACGAACAAGUGACAUGAUUUCUCGUAUAAGAAGCAAAGAUCAUAUUAGGAGCUUGUGGGUAUAUGACGAUUUGAACAACGACAAAAAGGGGGCCCGAACACCAAACAAUAUGAUUUCGUUGGUGAGAAAUGUUCUUCAAGUCUUCUCGAAAAUGCCAGCUUUGCAAGAUGAUUGGAGUAGGAUCGCCUUGACUUGGGGUACAACCUGUGCUGUUAGACACAGUGCAUGUCGAUCGUUUCAAAUAUUCAGAGUUCUCAUAAACUUUCUUGAUUUGAGUAUCUUGAAAGCCAUGUUUCACAGAUUGUCGAAUACUAUAUCCGAUGAAUCUGCCGAUAUUCAAGGCUUUGCUAUGCAGAUAUUGAUGACAUUGAAUGCGAUUGCUGCUGAGUUGGACUCACAAAUGUUGAUUGAUUUCCCACAACAUUUUUGGUCUAGUGUUGCUUGCUUGAGCACAAUACAUGAGCAGGAGUUUGUUGAGGUUUUAUCUACAAUGAACAAGUUUAUUUCCAAAAUUGAUCUAAAUGCUACCGAUACCAUAAACUGUCUCAUAUCAACGUUUCCACCCAAAUGGGAAGGGAAGUUCGAAGGGUUACAACAGAUUGUUACUGUUGGACUACGAUCAUCAGCUUCUUGGGAACCAACAUUGAAUUUUAUGGAUAAGUUGUUGACUUUGAAGGAUUCUGAAAUCGUUGGAAUGGGAGAUUCGAGGGUUAUAACGGCAUUGAUUGCGAACAUGCCUGUUUUCCUCGAUGCUUUAGAGAACAAGACAAUAACUCCACAAAUUGAGAAAACAGCCACAGCUAUUGCUCAACUAGCCGCUGAUAAGUCUUCGCUAGCAAAGAUUUUGACUUCAUUGGGCAAAAACAAGUUUCGAUCAAAGAAGGAUUUUGUUGUGCAAAUUGUAACCACCAUGCGCCAUUUAUACUUUCCUGACUAUGAGGUGAUGAUUCUCAUUUCAUUGUUGAAAAUGUUGUCCAAUCCAACUGAAUUUAUCAGGAGGGAGGUAUUGGUCUUCCUCAAAGCUAUUAUUCCGUAUAUCGACUUCAAAAAAGAGGAGUUUAUUGGACUUGGCGCUGACUUGAUUUCGCCAUUGUUGCGCUUGUUACUUACCAACUUUGCCGAACCAGCAUUGGAAGUUUUGGAUGAAACGGAUGUGAUUUCAGGGUCGUUGAUGGAUAGGGAUAUUUUACGAAUGAGUCUUGGUAAUACUACUGUCAAGAAGGAGUAUGAGAACACUGCCACAUUAUUUGGAAUACCCGAGGAGAGUGGCUGGUCGAUCCCAAUGCCCGCAGUUACUGCUGCCAGCACUCGAAAUAACGUCCAUGCCGUUUUUUCAACUUGUGUUGCAGCUACAGCCGUUGUUGACGAACAGGAAAAUAAUGAGGAAAUUCAAUUUCACAUGGAAGAUUACUACAGUCCUAGUAUUCAUGACAAUGGAGACGCGGUAUCUGUUAGCGUUGAUGAAACCACCUUGGGUAAUAUGUGGGCAGCACUCGAUGACUUUGAUAGUUUCUUCAAUACUGACAAGAUGGCAAAGAGGAAAACAAUUAGCUCUCCAAUCGAGGCUAGACCCCUCAAUAAAGCAUCCCCUAUUGAAAGUGCACCCAAUACAUAUGACAAGAAAGUAUCGGCAAUUUUGAACAAGACGUUAACUACAAACUCAAGAAACAAUUUAUUGGACUACAUUGGGGAAAAUGAGCAGUAUGCGUCGCCAGCUCCAUCUAGACGUUCGUAUAUUCCGUUUAGAAACAAAACAAUGACAAAGACGAGAGAAAGCUUGACACCAACUAUUGGUGUUGACAUGAGCCCUCGUACACCAUCGUCGGCAUCACUAAUGACAAGCAAGAACUCGUUUAAUGGAAGUGAUGUAACGCAGCUAGCAAUGUCGCCCGAUAACACAAGAUUGGAUGGAUUACUUGGAAAGAGAUCUAGAAAGAGGAUGGGCCAAUAA